AUGGAACGAUUUUAUGAAGAAUUAAAUGUACUAAAGGCAAACAUGGGUAAAAAUAACACAUUAUUAUCAGAUAAACGAUACGACGAGUUGAUAGAAGAAAUUUUAACGCUGAGAUGUCAGAAAACAAAAAAAAAUCCUCGUGAUUUUUGGUUGAAAAAAAGUCUCAAAGAUCUUUGGCCUGAACUCAAAAUAAUACAUGGCAAGCCCAGGCAUAGCCAGAGCCAAGGUAGUGUAGAACGUGCAAACCAAGACAUAGAAAAUAUGCUGACUAUAUGGAUGCAAGAACAAAAUACUUCACAAUGGAGUCAAGGUCUCCGUUUCAUUCAGCUAAUGAAGAAUAGAGCUUAUCAUUCAGGUAUCAAAACUACUCCUUAUGAAGCAUUAUUUGGAUGCAAAAUUAAAAUCGGAUUAAAUACGUCAAAUUUACCAAAAGAAAUUGUAGAAAAUAUUGAUACAGAAGAACAUUUAACAGCAAUUACAGAAAGUAAAAGCAGUGAAACAAUUACAAAUGCUACAACUGUUAACCCUAUUGAAUUAGAGGAUGCGAGUACAACAAUUACAAAAAUUAAAACAAAUAACGAAAAUGCUAUUAACUUACGGAAAAAUGCAACAAAAAAAUUAGAAAAUCAGGCAGAUAAAAUGAAAUAA